GUGUGUUCACAUUGAACAAGGAAAAAGGGAAGAAGAAGAUAUAUAAUAUUUAUGAUGAGUCACCGAUUUUUGUGAGAAAAGAGAGAGAGAGAGAGAAAGAAGUGGUUGGGUUGGGUUGGGUUGGAUUGUAAUCCAUUCAUCUCUCCCUAUUUUCCAAGACAAAAUCCUUCUCCAUCCCUUCUUCUUUCUCUUCCUCCUUACCCUUAUUAUUAUUCCACUCCUUCACCCUUCAAGGGAAGGAGGAACAACUCUGUUAUUAAUAAUUUAUCAUAUUUAUUUAUUAUUUUAAUAUUUAAUAUUAUCAUUAGUAUUAUUAUUUCUGUGAAUUUAUCCCCCAUCCGUAGAGUGGAACAAUGGAUUCGUUGUGUCUCUCCAACGAUUCAGUUUCUGGAUUCAAAGACAAGGAGUCAAUGGUUGACCCCUUCUUGGUUGAGGCUCUUCAGAACCCUCGUCAUCGCCUCACCAUUUUGAGGAUGGAGUUGGAUAUCCAGAGGUUUCUGAACAAUGCUGAUCAGCAGCAUUUUGAGUUCCAACAUUUUCCUUCUUCCUAUCUCCGACUGGCUGCACAUCGUGUUGCACAACACUACAAUAUGCAGACAAUGGUUCAGGAUAAUGGCUUAGAUGGACAGGGAAGUAAAAUUCUGGUGAGGAAGUUGCCAGAAAGCAAGUAUCCUGUUGUUCGAUUAUCUGAAAUACCUUUAAAACAGUUGGAAAAUGAUAAAUCCGAGCAGAAAAAAAUUGUCAUUAGACCUAGGCCUUAUAAAACUAGUUUGAAUGAAGCCAAUGAAGCUGGGAUGAAAGGAAAUCCUGUGAGAAGUGUAGAAGAGAGGAAGGAGGAAUAUGAUCGGGCACGAGCACGUAUCUUUAGUGGCUCUAGAAGUUCUGAUUCAUGUGAUACCUAUUCCCUGGUCUCAAUGGAUGGGAAAAAUUCUUCUACAAGCACGGAUGAGAAUGAAACUAGCAAGAACCCCAUGACUGAUUCAGAAAGAUGCAUUAAUGUCAGCAUCAGGGAUAAUAGUUCUACUCGAGUUGCCAUUUUCAGAGAUAGGGAAAAGGACCGUAGUGAUCCAGAUUAUGAUCGUAGCUAUGGAAGGUAUGCAAGAAGUAUUCCAACCUCUGCUGUUAACUUGGUGCCGUUUAAUUUGCAAAAAGCUCAACAUUCGUUUGCUCAAUAUGACACUGCUUUUAAUCAGUUGGGUCAGAUGCCACAAACUCAGGCAUCACUUGGCUUUGGGCCUCCAUCAAGCCCAAUAAUGAGUCCGUUUUGUACCACAGGAUUGAAUCAGGCAUCUAGGGAUGGUGCUUAUCUACAGUGGCCAAGUGCUGCAAUGAUGUAUGCACAUUCAUAUGACCAAUUUAGACAUGCUGUUUUCCAGGCUCCAUUUGGUCAACAGCCGUUGAGCUUUGACUAUUCACAGGAUUAUUAGAUGACAUUUAGGGGGCAGUAUUUGAUUUGGAUGCAAAGUUAUGCUAGUAUUUUAGGAUUUCAUUUUAGGUUAAUUUUUCAGGACUGUGUCAUAGACCCUUGUAGUAGUGUAUGUCUUUGGUUUUUCAGUUUUGAUGGUUAUAGUAAAUCAUUGGGUACUUGUAAUGUGAGAGUUUAUAAAAAUAGUGAAUUGUGGUGCAUUACUGGACUUGCAAUUAUAUGAUAAGGUUUCAGAGGUGUUUUAAAAUAUACUUUGCCCAAUAAUGUUGGGGAG